GACAGUGGUACCGAGAGCAAGGUGAUCCGUAGGCCGCGAAGGUAAAGUUGUUCUCCACGAUCGUCCGGCGAUUGUUAACACUUGGUACGUCUUUGGAUGGUAAUAGAACAGGAUCGAGUCCGAUCGAUAAUACAUCGUUUAAUGUACACGUGCGUGCUCGGUACCCGUUUGUGAAUGGGAUUCAUCUAGCGGUACUGUCUUUGUUUUGAUGUCGAUUUUUUUUCGGAUCUAGUGAGUUGCGAUUGAAGGGACAAUCGGGUGAGAGUUUUGGAUACUGUGCUGUUGCAAGGGAAAAUAUUGUUUAUGAUACGCUGGUAGUGUGCUUCAUGGAAUCAACAUGACUGAAGUAGCAAGUUUAUUACCAAACAACCACCGCCUUACUUCUAUCAAGCAUUAUGAAGCUGGCCCACCUGCAGGACUUGAACUGGUUGAGCCAGGCGACAUAUUUUCAACAACAAAAGAGGAAGAAUGGAUAAGCAAGAAGAAAACUGAGGUUCUCAAUACUAAACAAAUCGAAACUCGUGUUAAAAGACAAGUGGUUUUGGAAGAUGGGAAAGUCGUUGAAGAUUCAGGACCCAUGGUCACAACCAACACCACAGAAGAUACGGAAACUCAAGAGCAUCACCAAACAGAGCUUCGCAAACUUGGGGAUGAUGAAGUGGACGGCCCCAAAGCUGAGGUCGAAGGGAGAGAAAAUAUCACUCCGGAGAAAUCAAAUUGGGUGGCAGUUCCAAAUUCAGACGGAAUUGUCAGAGAAGUUAAAGAACGCAGAGUGGUGUCCCGGGAGGAAACAGAGGAAGUUAAGGAAACCGAAGAUGUGCAGCAUUUGGGGGACAUUACGGACGAGGAGUUCUUAGCUGCAGUACGUGGUGGUAAAGGAGAUAUUCGAUCUGUUUUAAGAUCAUCUGAAGCGGGCAGAGCCUUAAUAUCUACAGGUCCAAGAAUAAUUAGGGAUACCUCCAAAAGCAAGAAAGUAACAGACACUGAAGAUACAAGAGAACUGAGCUCGGUCCUUCGAGAUGGCAAAAUAGUCACUGAAACUCAAAGGACCACCGAACAUGAAGAAGUAAAUGACGACGAACUUCCAAAUGAUGGUCCUGAUCAAGACUAUCGCAAGGAAAGUUCACAAAGGUAUCUGAAAACCAGAGAGCAAGAAGACGUGGACUAUGUGGCAAAUGGAAAAAACGUGGGACAUGAAAUGAAGUAUAAAACGGAAACAAUGGAAGUAGAUAAGCGUGGUGACGAUGAGGUUGACUUGUUCGAAUCUCUAUCAACUAGAGCUCGACGAAGACUGCAACAAAACAACCGUCAACCUCACAGAUACAGAGGACUUGAAAACGGGGCACAAAAUCCCAUAGACCGCAAAGAUGCGUUAACGCGUCGACCGCUUGACUUUGACGCUGAAGAGGAGACCAGAAAGCAUGAAACUUCUAAGUGGCUCGAACAUCAUUUUGGCUCGGAGUCAAGAUCAUCAAACUCAACGUUGGACGAUGAGGAACAGCCCCCGAAAACUAGUUUCUUUAACGUCACUAUUAAAAGUCAGCCCAGUAGAAAUGAAAACUUGCAACGAAAUUAUGUUGGAACCGUGAAUAAUUCCACAUCGCGGGUUUAUAGUCCAGUCGAACCGGAACGGGAUAGAAAUCAUUCAGGCUAUUACAAAGGAGUCUCAGAUUGGUCCGAACGUCGUCAAGAACAGCAUCUUUACAGUUCGCAAAGACAAUCACCACUGCCCUAUCAACAAUCACCACAUCACCGGCAAUCGCCUAUGCAAUAUCACAUAGAUCGACCUUCCCGAUCACCUAUUCCGGAUUAUAUUCGACCACAACAUUCUCCAACUCCAGAUUAUCACCCACAACAUUCACCAGUGCCAGAUUACAGAAACGGACAUUCGCCUAGUCCCGACUAUGGAAGGCCCAUCAAAAUAUCGCCAUCGCCUAUUAGAGACAUUGAUGAUUCUCCGACUCCGCCUCAAAGGAAAAAAGGAAUAGAACGCAGAGAAAAAUACAUAGAAAAGUCUGAUAGACGCACUCGUUAUGAUAGCGGAUAUCGAUCAACUGGAAGGAUCGAUGAUACAAGAGAUGAUAGAAUUGAUCGCAUUGAAGAACCGCCUCCAGAUUAUUCGCCACCAAGUCCACCGCCGAUGCCACGGGAUGAGAAGAAACAUUAUCAGAAGACACGUUUUGCCGCCGAUGUGACUCCUAAAGCAAAAAGCGGAAACAUUAUUGGCCAGUCCAUUCGCAAGCUAGUCAACAAAAUCCGGUCUGCUAGUGCUGAGCGCAAAGCUAAACAGCAAAGGGCGCGAAGAUCACCAAGUCCUUCUUACCAACAAGGACACGUGAUUGAUAACAAUAUUGGUAAUUCCAUGGAUAGGCAGCCAGUUCAAAGAUAUUAUCUGGGCGAAGAUCCAUUUGGUGGAAGCAUUUAUGGGCGAGAGAAUAAAUACGAUGGGGUCAAGCCUGCUAGGAAUUCUAGGAGACCUAGAGAUGAUGAUCGUGAUAGAAGGUCGCAAAGUACACUUGGAAGAUUUAGCAAAUCGACCAGCCGGUUAGUGAAUAGAUCAGUUGAUGAAGGAAGAAAUUCGCAAACACUACCCAGACAUCACAAUAAAUUCGAACCUCCAACUAGAUUGAAUGGAAACAAUCGAUCGAACAGCACCAUCAACGUUUCGAUUAUAAAUACACUCGCACCGCCAAGGAUCGUAAACGAAGGUCCAAUUAAACCAGCUCGUACAUAUAAGUCAAACUUAGCGAGAAGCAAAAGCCUUAUAGUUCACGGAGAUUUGGACGCCAUAAGAAGCAGAUCAGACAUGUACACAUCAAACUCAAAUAUUCAUAGACUGAAUGAGAACCCCAGUGGCCUCAAGAGUCCUGGACUGAUUUCAAGCCUCAAUAGAAGCCAUAAGGAUAUAAAUGAUGAUAUCUAUACGUCUCGUUUCCAAAGAAACGGCGAUAGUGUGGAUAGCGGAAUUAGAAGAUAUCCAGACAUAAAUGCCAAUAAGGGUUUCGGAGAGAGAACAGAGAAUAAAAGAGUGUAUUUAUCAGGCAUAAAAAGUAAAUCGCCCGAGUUUUUCAAAGCGGUCAAUGAAGAUGAUGAUGAUUGGAGAACCAAAAGUUACACUAAUGCCACAAGAAAAUCUUCCAGAAAUUUUAAUGGAACUGAUGUUUAUGAACCUCCAACCAGGCUAAGAGAUACUCACAUAAUGUCCACACCAUCCCCAAGUCAUUCGGUACUACGACGCGGUAGUACUUCAAGUACCGAUUUCUCCGAAACUUAUCACACCACAACAAGAAAUGGCGAUCCUGUUCGACCCAGCGUAACCAAUACGGUUAAAACCAUUAGUAAGAAGACUAUUCCGAGCAAAUAUGGCAGAGCAAUGGAAACUAUAGAGUCGAGUGAGACGAAGAGCAUCACCAAGAGUCAUUAUAGAAGCAACCGGGGCGAAUCUCCUUUGUCUCCGAAUGUAAAGUUUUAUGAAAGUGAGAGGCGGUAUGAUAGUUCGAAACCGGUUGUCAUUGAAGUUAGAAAUAAUUACCGAAAUUAGAGUUAUUUUUUGAAUAUUUCACUGUAAGUACGACAAAUUAUUAGGAGAGUUGAAACACUUUGAUCGUCUGGUUUCUAUUCUGCAUAUAUCGUUGACCUAAAUAGUAAUUAAUACGUCUCAAUAUUUUUAAAACUUCUCCAUAUCUUCCAGGUGAAAACAUUCUUAUUUAUUUAAAAUUGUCACGUGCCAUUUAAAUCACCGCAUAGUAUUGUUUUCAGUAUGUGCCCAUAUAUAAAGAUUUUUUUAUUGAAAGCAUGAAAGGAUUGAAUUGAAAAUAAUAUUAUUCCUUUACAUUAGUUGCCAUGUUUUCAUCAAAUGCAGGACUGUAUUUAUUAUUUUAGUAGUAAUACUUGCCAGUUUCACGUAGUUUGAAUUUUACACUAGCAAUAAUACAAAUAACCGAACAAGUGCUUUACUCGAUUGUAAGUUAACGUUAUAGAAAUAUGUAGGUUUGUUUUGAUAAACACGUUCUUGUAUCAUUGGCAGUUUGUAUUGAGGACUUCUUCUUAAAGACAAUAAAUACUUCCUAACAUUUUGUUAAGUAGAACAAAUCCAUUGAGUCAAGAAAACGUGUAAGUAUUGCAAUAUUAGUGCUCAAUAUAAGAUUUUGUAUAGUUAACCCUGAGUAACAUGAAGUUUAUUUUAUAAGUGAUUAAUACAUAUUUUGAAGGAUAAA